UAGACACCAUACCGCCUGAAUCAUCGAGCGAGCGAGAGAGAGAGAGCGAGAGAGAGAGAGAGAGAGAGUUGACUUUGGAGUGAUGGGAGCCGGCUGAGCGAGCAGCAGCAGCAGCAGCGAGUGAUCGCUCUCCGUGCUGCUAAUCAGGCAGACUGAUGUGAAGGAUGGCGUCUUGCUCAGAGAUCUGUGGGUCGGAAAACGGCGAGCAAGCCCAAGUCAGCGGGAACUGCCAGCAGUACGGCGUCCGCUCCUACUUACACCAGUUUUAUGAGGAGUGCACAGCCUCCAUCUGGGAACGUGAUGAAGAUUUUCAGAUUCAGAGAUCGCCUAGCAGGUGGAGCUCUUUACUCUGGAAGGUCUGUCUCGCGUUUGGCACCGUGAUCUUGUUUGCAGGCCUGACUGUCAACGUCGUGGGCUAUGCUACUCCGGCUAGGAUUGAAGCAUUUGGUGAAGAGGAUCUUCUCUUUGUGGACAGCCAGGCAGUCAGUUUUAACCGCGCGCUGGAUGUUUGCAAGCUAACCGGGGCCGUGCUGUUCUGUGUGGGAGGCACCUCCGUGGCUGUGGGUCUCCUGCUGUCUGUGUUUGCCAAAAGCUACUCCAAAGAGGAAUUAUAUCUGCAGCAAAAGUUUAAAGAGCGGCUGGCUGAUUUGCAUUCAACAGUCGGUACCCCCAUCACGAGAGCACCAACCCCUGGGGAGGGAAAGGUGCCAGUUACACUUUCCAAGGUCCAAAACAUCCAACCGGUAAACCCAAAGUCAGAAACCUGACAGCAGUCUGGUUGAAAGGGGAAAAUAUAAUUUCUUGGCUGAAUGAUGGCUGUGUACUGUGCAGCCUUCGAGUGAGUAGACUGCGUGUAUUGUCCAUGAAUGCAGACACGUUAUCACGUAAAAGAUCAGCUUACAUGACGUAUUGGGUCAACUCUUCUCGCUGUUGUUCGACAAAAACAUUUCUAAGAUUGCAAAGUUGACAUUUCAUGUGUAUCAGCUUCAUACCAGACUAAACACAUCAAGGUCGUGAGCUCUAGCCUUCAAAAAAAAAAAUAUAAUAAUUGAAGCAAGACAAAGAAAGUAACCCAAGAACAAAUCAAUAGAACACAGCCUCUGAACAAGUCAACAUUUUUCUUUUAAGUGGAUUCACAAUGUGUCGAAGAGGAAUGUGGCGCUGCCGGAGGGGAGCUGAGCGGCAGCACGCAUCAUUAAUGCUGAGCUGCCAUUUCCCAAUGCUCAAAGCACUGGGCGCACUAACCAAUCACAGCUGCACAAUACAAAAAUCUUCAGUAGGCUCAUAAAAUCACCAGCACUAUACUGUCUACAUGUGACAAUAAGAAACUUUGAGUCUCAUUACAAUCUGUGUUAGAUAAUUGUGUAUCAUUAGUGCAAAUAAGAUGAUCCAGUAAGGACACACUUGAGAGUCUGAAAUCUUCUCCUUGUCUUCUUGAGUAAAACCACUGAGAGGAUGAGUAACCAAAACCAGACGGCCUGAAGAAAGCUACAUUGGAGGGGUUAGGUCAAACUUACACAACCCAGUCUGUCAAUUAAACAGCACAGAUUUGGACAUUUCUCAUCAGUCAGCCAUCAUGGAAGUGUUGAGUUAUUUUACUUUUGAAAAACAAUUUCUGCCAUAAUCUACUUGGGUUACAGCAGGGACUCUCAAACAACGGAUGCUAGAUAACAUUUCACCUCGAUUUAAUAGUUUGUGCAUUUCAGUGGAAUUUAAAGUGUUUGGCCGUGCUGUCUGGUCUCAUGCAAACCAGCCACUGCUCACUCUGUGCCAAUCUAUAAUACAAGGCCGGUUUGACGUUACCAUGACGACCGGGCUGGAGCUGUUUUGCACCUCAAAAUUUUCUUUUUGUGUUAUCCUGGAUUAGAGGAAUAAUACAAUGGUCACAAUUGUGUUUCUUGAUUCAUUUUUUUUAUUUUUAUUUUGUGCAUCACUGGUGUAGGACCCUCCAGCAAACUUGCAUAAGCAAUGAAAAUAUGAAUGUAAAUUGACCUUUUACUAGCAGUUCCGUUGCUACCACAACCCCUCUCCAUUUUCUUUGUUAGCAAACGUUUUUUUUCACCACACACAAAACACAAAGCUAUAUGAUCAAUAUUUUCAAAUGUUACCCCAUCACAAGUCAGCUGCAAUCCUACUGUUCAAAAUGCAGAAAGCAAGAUUUUAAAAGGUUGAGUGAGAGUUGAGUUAGCAGGUGAUCAAUAAAUGUGCUCACUAGUAGUCUCAUGCUGUGAAUUGUGCGUUUGGUUUCCUCCUUUUGCUGUCCAAAGGCUGAAAUUCACAAAUAAGAUAUUUGUUCUCUCAAGAAAAAUUUUACUCAAGGUUUAAUCUAUGUAACUUUAUUUAACAUCCAGUGUGUCUCCUGAUGUAACUGUAUUCUCCAAGGGAAUUAUAACGCAUAAAGAUCAACUGCAGUCAAUAUCCACAAUGUAGUAUAUCUAUUUUCAAACAUAAUAAAAACUGAAUAUGCUGGCCAAUGUUGUAUAAAACUGUAUUCACAUUUAUGCCAAAUUAUAAAAUUGGAAAACUUUG